GAUCUUUGGAUGAGAGCACACAUCUUUGACCGCAGCAGAACAUCGAGCGGCAAAGACAACGAGUGUGGAUGUACGAGGGGCUUUUUGUUUUCAAUCUUUUAUUCAUUCAGUGUUAAUGGCUCGGGAAUGGAGAUAGCUUUGGUGAGCUUUGACAAGCGGGGUGACGGAGGCAGUGAUGGGGAACCUUACCAAAACCAAAACUCCCUGGAUCAUCCGCGCCUGGUCCACAACAAAGACCUCUACUCGAGAAGUCCACAGCAGAGCUCGUGGAAAAUGAACGACAUGAACAACACGAUGAUGGGCUCCACGGAGAACACGGUGGAUUAUUACAGCCCCCAUUUGUUCGAUGAGGACAUUCUGGACAUGGAUAUGGACCAUGAGAGCAACGAACGGGUUCUUAUCAAUAUCGCCGGACUUAGGUUCGAGACGCAGCUGGGCACUCUGAACCAGUUUCCCGACACUUUACUGGGAGACCCGGACAAGAGAAUCAAGUAUUUCGACCCCCUCAGGAACGAGUAUUUCUUUGACCGCAACAGACCGAGUUUUGACGGAAUUCUCUAUUUCUAUCAGUCUGGCGGGAAAAUCCGGCGACCCGUUAACGUGUCCAUCGACGUGUUUGCCGACGAGAUCCGCUUUUAUCAGCUGGGAGAAGAAGCGAUGGACCGUUUCCGCGAGGAUGAGGGCUUUAUCAAAGAAGAAGAGAAGCCGUUGCCACAGAACGAGUUUCAGAAACAGGUGUGGCUCAUCUUUGAGUACCCGGAGAGCUCCAGUCCUGCGCGAGGCAUAGCUAUCGUCUCCGUCCUCGUCAUCACCAUCUCCAUCAUAACGUUCUGUCUGGAAACUUUACCCGAGUUCCGCGACGAGCGCGAGCUUCCGGUGACGAGUCGCGCGCUCAAUGGGACUCAAGAGCGUCCGUCGCUCACCUUCAGCGACCCGUUCUUCAUCAUUGAAACCACCUGUGUGAUUUGGUUCACCUUUGAGCUCUUCGUGCGCUUCUUUGCCUGUCCUAGUAAGUCUGAAUUCUCCAAAACCAUCAUGAACAUCAUUGAUAUCAUGUCUAUCAUGCCUUACUUCAUCACCUUGGGCACGGAGCUGGCGGAGCAGCAGGGCCAGGAGCACAAUAACGGCCAGCAGGCCAUGUCUCUGGCCAUCCUGAGGGUCAUUCGUUUGGUUCGGGUGUUUCGUAUAUUUAAGCUCUCUAGACACUCCAAGGGGCUUCAGAUCUUGGGCCAGACUUUAAAAGCCAGCAUGCGAGAGCUGGGCCUCUUGAUCUUCUUUCUUUUCAUUGGUGUCAUAUUAUUCUCCAGUGCGGUCUUCUUCGCCGAGGCAGACGAACCCGAGUCUCACUUCUCCAGCAUCCCAGACGCCUUCUGGUGGGCUGUGGUGACCAUGACCACAGUCGGAUAUGGUGACAUGAGACCGGUGACCGUGGGGGGCAAGAUCGUGGGCUCGCUGUGUGCCAUCGCAGGGGUGCUGACCAUCGCGUUACCGGUGCCGGUCAUUGUGUCUAACUUCAACUAUUUCUACCACAGAGAAACCGACCAAGACCAGGCGUCUCUCAGAGAGGAGCCUAACAACGCCGGCCCCUCGAACCCAAGCGACGACCUCCACGGCUUGAGGAAAUCGUCGACCUCGAACUCGAAAGACGGAGACCGCAGUGAAGAAACCAACAUUCCUGUCGAGAAGAGCAACAUGAAAGCUAACAGCAGACUGGACAUCAAGCGCUCGCUUUAUACGUUUUGCUUGGACACUAGAGAAACCGACCUCUAGUUUGUCCGGCUCAGCCGGCUCCCAUCACUGUUUCCAACUUCAGCUGUUUCUAUCUCAGGGAGACUGAGCAGGAGUACACGCGUCUCAGAGAAGAGCGCAGCGGUGGCCCUUCCAGCCCGUGCGAUGAACUUCACGAGAAGGAGAACACAACGAGGAAGGAAACAUGUUUGAGAAGACUGACGUGAAGAAGCGAAAACAUCUAGUCUAUCCAUAUCCACCAUGCUAAGUUAAUGCACACCGAUUCUGGACUGUUCAAAUCCUGGAAAGUUGCAGUUAUUUUUCUUUUUAAAGCACAUUUUAAUCUGUUGAACUCCUGGGCACCAGCGACUUUUAAGCAUUACUUUUAUAAUUUCUUAUUCAGAAACACACAACAUAAUGAUAAUAAUAAUUAUAUUUUUUUUAAAUAUUAAUUAUGUACAAUUGUACGAUCGCAGGCCUUAACUCUUUCACGACCUCUUGUGCUGUUCAUAGUCGCCCAGUGAUUCAAAUGAAAAGCCAAAAUAGGUUUUCUUCUUUAAAACAUACUACUUAAAAACAACAGAUGUACAUAUUUUUGUAAAAUAGUUGUUUGGUCUCUCGGGUCUCGAUCAAUCUCACUUUCAUAGUUAGUCUAAAAUACUGUUUAUGUGUCGUCUGUGGCUAUCAGUAUUUGAUCAUUUAUUUAGAGCAAUAUUUUUUCACUUUUGAAAUUGAAAACUCGACGGCGUAUGAAAUCUAUGGAGCACUUCAAGGGAGAGGACAACUUUAAGUUGCUUUGCUUCUGAGUUCACAACGAAAAAGCCUUGUCGACUUUAAACGGAUUGAGAAUGGAUUCAAGCAGACAUGACAUAUGUGUAUAGGAGAAGGAGACCUCAACGAAUGAUGAUCUACUGAAUCCAGCGGAGAACUUAGAGAGGAGCCGGUGAUCAUUUUUCAUGCAAGAUCCCAGAAGAGGAGCCCUAAUCAUGACAACAGAUUCUUCAGCCCUUCUGAAAACCUCCGCAGAAACCUGUGCCUUUGCUCAAACCCUGUGAAUCUAUCAUUGUGUACGGGACCAGAAUAUGAAACUGACACUGACAGACGCCUGACAGACACCUUUAUGAACUGGACAGGAGACGUGUAACGGUGGGACACAAGACUGUCUAAGAGGAAAUCCCACUCUGUGCAAUAUCAGUCUGUUUUCGAGUGAACUUCAUGUCCAUGUAGACUGUGUUCAGGUGGUUUAUUUUUGUAAAGCUGUUUCCUGACGUAUAUUUUUCUAAAACAAUAUCAUUCUCCAACAGAAGAGACGCCUACGAACACUGAGCGAUCAAAUAUUGUGCGUCUUUUUAGACGGGGAAAAGCCAUAGUACUUCUCAUCAUCAACAGAGAUGGUGUUUGCUGAAAACCAUUGUGACCCUUACAUAUACCCUUUCACUUUUGUUUGCUGUAUUUGAGUGUUUAUCUAAUUUAAUAAUAAAAAUCAUAACAUAAGAAAUAAAUAUUUAUCUAAAUCUAAAAAAGUGUAUAAUAUAAAUGCUCAAUUGGUAGAGCACUGCGCUAUCAAGCGCAAGGUUGUGGGUUCGAUUCCCCGGGAACACAUGAUAGGUAAAAAUUGAGCCUGAAUGCACUGUAAGUCACUUUGGAUAAAAGCAUCUGCUAAAUGCAUACAUUUUAUUUAUUUUCUUCAAUGUAAUUUACAUUUUAUUUAGGAUUAUUAUUAUCUUCAAAACAUUGCUUUUUUUCCCCAAAGGAGAAGAACAUGUUUUGGCAUAGAACACUAUAUAUUUUGUCAUUAACACAGUGUUGCUGAACUAAAAAACAGAUUUACGCUACAAAUUAAACAAGGUUCAAGUUUGUCAACUGUGUUGCUCAUGUCAAAUAUUAGAACCUUACUGUCAACUGUAAAAGAAUUUAUACACAUAUAUUUUUAAUUACUGAAAUGCUGCUUCUGACAUGAUAUAAAGUGCAUUUUGUAUUCCCACAGGUAAGACCUUUGCAUAACAAUCUCAAAAGUAUGAAAGCGUGAACUAUAUUCUAGAUUUAUGAUGUGUCUAUCACUGCCAACAAUGAUGAGAAUACCACACUUACAUCUGAAAACAUCGAAUUCAUCAAAGUCUUAAAAUGAUAUAUAUUUUUGAUAUGUGACAAAUAGAAUAAAAAGCAGCCAUUUGCUUCAUAUCCGCAUUGAUGUCACUGUAAGAUAAAUGUAGUGAGGCUUUGAAAUGCAACACAUUAUGGAUUAUUUCGGAAUGCUUGAUUACUUGCAGUAGAGAAUACUUGUGUCCCUUUAAGCUGAUGUCUUUGUACCGGCUGGCACAUAUAGUACAGUAUGUCAUCUGUUGUGACUCUAACAGAAGUUUAUCUAGGAUGCUUUUUCCUCCUCGUUUUCUUAUGUCCAUGUUAUGAUACAUAUGUACAUUUUUUCAAAUAUUAAACAACCUUGAACAAA